AUGGCCCCGGCUGCCCAACCGCCUAUUGCCGUCCCCAUGGCCCCAGCUGCCCAACCAGCCUCGCUGCCGUCCCCGUGGCCCCAGCUGCCCAACCGGCCUAAUGCCCUGCCCAACCGGCCUCCCUGCAGCCCCAGCAGCUCAACCGGGGCCCUACUUCCCUGCGGCCUGGCUGCCCAUCCGGCCUCCCCGCUGUCCCAGCAGCCCAACUGGCCCCCCUUGCCAUCCCCGCGGCCCCAGCUGCCGAAUCAACCUCCCACCGUCUCAGCGGCCCCAACUACUAAACUGGCCUCACCAACGUCCUUGCGGCCCAACCGGCCUCCCCGCCAUCCCUGCUGCCCAACCAGCCUCCCUACCAUCCCCAGCUGCCCUAUCGGCCUUUCCCUGUGGCCCCAGCUGCCCAACUGGCCUCCCGGCCCCGGUUGCCCAACCAGCCUAUCCGCCGUCCUCGCGGACCCUGCUGCCCAACUGCCCUCUCUGCGGCCCCAGCUACCCAACCAGCCCCAGCAACCCAACCAGCCCCCGCCAUCCCUGCUGCCCCGGUUGCCCAACCAGCCUCCCUACCAUCCCUGUGGACCCAGUGGCUCAACUGGCCCCCUGCCAUCCCCAUGGCCCCAGCUGCUCAACCCGCCUCCCGCUGUCCGCGCAGACCAGGCUGCCCAACCAGCCAUCCCUGUGGCCCCAAACUGCCCAACCGGCCUACCUGCUAUUCCCGGCUGCCCACCAGCCUCCUUGCUGUCCCACUAUAACCGAAUGCCCAACCGCCCUCCCCGUCCCGCGCCUCCAGCUGCCCAACUGGCCUUCCACUGUCCCCCCAGCACCGGCUGCCCAAACCAGCCUCCCCACCAUCCUUGCGGCCCCAGCAGCCCAAACUGGCCUUCCUGCUGUCCCCAUGACCCAGCUGCCAAACCACCCCAGCUGCACCCAGCCCCCCUGCCGUCCCCCACAGCCCCAACUACCCGCCCAAUCCCCAGCCAGCCUCCGGCCUCCCUUGCCAUCCCCAGUUGCCCAACCAGCCUCCCCGCCAUCCUUGCGACCCCUGCUGUCCAACCAUCCUCCAUGCCGUUCCCUCGGUCCCGACUAUGCAACCGGCCUCCCGCUGUCCCAGCAGCCCCAGCUGCCCAACCAGCUUCCCCGCCAUCCCUGCGGCCUGACUGCCCAACAGGCUUCCUCAACAUCCCCGCGGCCCCAGAUUGCCCAGAUCGGCCUCACCACCGCCAGCGGCACAAACUGGCCGCCCGCCCAAUCCUGCCUGCUCCAACCGGCUCCCCGGCAAUCCAUGGCAACCCAAACAGUGGCCCUCCAAACCGGCCUCCUCCCAUACCCUGCCAACCCCCAGCUGCUCAAACCGGCCUCCUUGCCAUCCCUGCAACCCCAGCUGCUCAACGGCUCCUCGCCAAUCCCUCCGGCAACCCUCAGCCGGCCUCCAACGGCCUCCUUGCCAAUCCCUACAACCCCAGAGCUCAACCGGCCCUCCCCACGCCAUCCUGCAAACCCCCAGCUGCUCAAACCGGCCUCCUUCGCCAUCCCUGCAACCCCCAGCUGCUCAACCGGCCUCCUUGCCAUCCCUGCAACCCCCAGCUGCUCAACCGGCCUCCUCGCCAUCCCUGCAACCCCCAGCUGCUCACCGGCCCUUCCAUCGCCAAAUCCCUUGCAAACCCCCAAGCUGCUCAACGGCCUCCUCGCCCAAUCCCGCAACCCACAAGCCUUGCUCCCAACCGGCCUCCCUCGCAAUCCCGGCAACCCCCAGAUGCUCAACCGGCCUCCGCGCCAUCCCUGGCAAACCCCCAGCUGACUCAACCGGCCAUCCCUUGCCCAUCCCUGGCAACCCCCAAGCUGCUCAACCGGGCCUCCUCGCCCAUCCCUGCAACCCCCAGACCUGCUCAACGGCCCCUCCGGCCAUUCCCUCAACCCCCAGAUGUCCAACCGGCCUCCUCUUACCCAUCCCGACAAACCCCCAGCUUGGCUCAAAACCGGCCUACCUCAGCCAUCCCUGCAAGCCCCCAGCUGCUCAACCGGCCUCCUCGCCAUCCCGGCAACAGCUGCUCAACCGGCUCCCGCAUCCCGGGCAACCCCCAGUGGCUCAACCGGUCCUCGCCAUCCCUGCAACCCCAGCUGCUCAACCGGCCUCCUCGCCAUCCUGCAACCCCCCAGGCCUGCCUCAACCGGCCUCCUCCUCCAUCCCUGCGCCAUCCCUUGCAACCCCCAGAUGCUCAACCGGCCCUCUCGCCCAUCCCUGCAACCCCCAGCUGCUCAACCGGCCUCCUCGCCAUCCCUGCAACCCCCAGCUGCUCAACCGGCCUCCUCGCCAUCCCUGCAACAACAGCUGCUCACGGCCUCCUCGCCAUCUGCAACCCCCAGCUGCUCAACCGGCCUCCUCGCCAUCCCUGCAACCCCCAGCUGCUCAACCGGCCUCCUCGCCAUCCCUGCAACCCCCAGCUGCUCAACCGGCCUCCUCGCCAUCCCUGCAACCCCACCUGCUCCCAAACAACCGCCUCCCUGCUAUCCCCGGCUGCCCAACUAGCCUCUCCACCACCCCACAGCCCCAGCUGCCCAACUGGCCUCUCCGCCGUACCCGCAGUCCAGGCUGCCCAACCGGCCCCCCUCCCGCCACCCCCAGCUGCCCUAACUGGCCUUCCUGCUGUCCACAUGGCCCGGCUGCCCAACCAGCUCUGGCUGCCCAACUGGACUCCCCGCCAUCCCAGCAGGCCUGGCUGCCCAACCAACCUCCCCACCAUCCCCGCAGCUCUGGCUGCCCAACUGGACUCCCCGCCAUCCCAGCAGGCCUGGCUGCCCCACCCACCUCCCCACCAUCCCCGCAGCUCUGGCUGCCCAACUGGACUCCCCGCCAUCCCAGCAGGCCUGGCUGCCCAACCAACCUCCCCACCAUCCCCGCAGCUCUGGCUGCCCAACUGGACUCCCCACCAUCCCAGCAGGCCUGGCUGCCCCACCAACCUCCCCACCAUCCCCGCAGCCCUGGCUGCUCAACUGGACUCCCCACCGUCCCCGCAGCCCAGGCUACCCAACCGGCCUUCCCGCCAUUCACAGCUGCCCAACUGGCCUCCCCAUUGUCCCUUUGGCCCCAGCUGCCCAACCAGCCUCCUCACCAUCCCCUCAGCCCCAACUGCACAACCGCCCUCCCUGUGGCCCCAGCUGCCUAACCAGCCCCCUGUUGUCCAUGUGGUCCCGGCUGCCCUACUGGCUGCCCAACUGGCCUCCCCACUGUCCUUGCGGCCCCAGCGUCCCAACAGGCUCCCCGCCAUCCCCGUGGCCCCAGCUACCCAACUGACCUCCCCACUAUCCUUGCGGCCCCCAGCGGCCCAACUGGCCUCUCCGCCAUCCCUGUGGCCCCCAGCUGCCCAACCGGCCUCCCUGCCAUCCCCGGCUGCCCAAGCAGUCUCCCUGCCAUCCCCAGCUGCCCAACCGGCAUCCCUGCCAUCCCUGGAUGCCCAACAGUGCUUCUUCAGACCAGGAAGUCUUUCUCCUUCUGGGGUAGGAAUUUCUCAUGCCUUUGGAACAGGCAGUUUGCCUCGGCCGACUGCACAGUCAGACCAUCAGAUCUCUUAUUUUCUCACAUAG